AUGACAACGGCAUUACCAUUCAAUAUGACUCUCACCUACGAUCUUCAGACCCUUCUAACCACCGACAUCCAGACGCAUCUGCCGGCCGAUGUCGUAGCACAAAUUACAUCCCAGCCACCCUUUGCCACAGUAUCUGGCCUGUUCAAUGUGCGCGAUAUCUGUGCGGCCAUCCGCCCCACUCUUCGCAGAGGUUACAUUUACCGCUCGGGCGCAUUGAGCGGCAUCACCGACGAAGGGAAGUCAACUCUAGUCAAUGCACUUGGCAUCACCACCAUUUUUGAUCUACGGAAUCCCUCCGAGCGAACCAAGUCGCCUAGUCCGGACAUCCCCGGAGUGGAUACGGUCUGGACUCCCUACUCUGCGGACCCUGGCCAGGUCGAUAUGCAGGCAUUUGCAACGGACCAGACUCCCGCGCCGUUCGUCCAGAUGUAUCGUCACAUCCUGGACAUUUCCGGACCCCAGUUUCGAAAAGUUUUUGAGCAUAUUCGUGACUGUCCGCAGAAGGCUGUUUUGUUUCACUGUACUGCCGGGAGAGACCGGACUGGCGUCCUGGCGGCGUUGAUUCUCCGACUUGUGGACGCAUCCGACGAGGAGAUUACGCUUGACUAUAUGCUUAGUCGCGUAGGAGUUGAGCCUGUUCGGGCCGUUCUCCUGGGUAUUCUCAAGGGCGAUGUCGGCGAGUCCGCGGCCGCUGGGAUCCUGGGACUCUCCAGUUUUCGUCCUGGUGCUAUCACUGCCUUCUUGGAGUCAGUUGAACGCGACUUUGGUAGUGUUCAGGGCUAUCUCGCGGAUUUGGGGUUUUCCUCGGAUGAUGUCGAGAAGAUCCGUGCGAAUAUGAGAGCAUAG